AUGAGACAGCUGCGCGCGUUUCAGAUCGUCGCUUUCGUCGUCGUCACGCUGACUUACGCGUACGUGCACCUCUACGUCGAUUUCGACUUUCCACGAGAGUUGGUUCGCAUCACAGGAGUCACGGUGAACGGCACAGUAGGUGACCAGAGUGAAUCGAUCGACGCGAGCGUGAGCGAAACGGCAGAUGAGAACACGCCUCGUGCGUUCAAUGAACCGUUAGCGCCAUCGAGUGAUCUGUGUGAAGAGUUGGUUCGCAUAUCGAGCGAUCACCGUCGGGUGAUCGAACUGCUCACGCGCGCGCAGUUUCCGUCGGCUCUGAGUCCCACAGAUUAUGACGAUUCCUCCAUAGCAUUACAACCCGCAUCAAGCGUUCAAUUCGAGUGCGACGCUGGCAAAACUUUAGACGAACCUAGGAAUAUUGUGGAUGUUUUCCUCUUCGGCGGCGGCGAAGUCGAUACGUUGGAGAUUCGUCUGUACGAAUUACACCCUGUCGUCGAUAAGUUUAUCGCCGUGACGUCGAACGUCACGCACAAAGGCGAAGCCACUUUUGACGCGCUUGAAUCAUUAUUACAGACGGCGAGGUUUGAAUCGAUUCGCGACAAGGUGGAAAUUUUCAAACACGCGCAAGCCGGCGCCGCGGCGCCGAACGGGGUCAAUUUCCAAUUCGAAGCAGAGAAAGAGAGCGCCAUAGCGCGGGAACUCGCCAAACGCUACGACGAGAAAACGCUCGUUAUUUUUGGUCACGUGGACGAGAUACCGGCGAGGGAAGACGUUUGGAAAGCAGCGCGCUGCGAAACGGCGUUGCCGGGUAAUUUCGGCAUUUGGUUUCCGUACGGAAACCUAAAUUUCGCAUUUCGAUCCGACUUUCCGGCGCGUAACAUGCCGUGGACGCUCGGUGAUCCCGGUGUGACCGUAGCGAAUCGCCUCGACCAAAUGCUCCUUCCUCGAGGGCGCAUGGAACACGUUCUCGGUCGAGGAUUCCACGCGACGAAUUAUUGUUUCCCGCCUCAGUAUAUCCUAAAAAUGAUGACGGCGACGGAAUACGGUGGAUUCGAUGACUUCAUAGGAAACAUUAAGAGCGGUACAAAUAAGACUUGUGAACAAACGAUGCAAGAAUUGCGAUUGUUUUGUUUGAACGAUCCAGUACGCGCGUAUGGCGCGCGCAUGAGAAGGGUCGACGAGCUCGUCAAAGCCGGUGAGAACGCCGAGCAAUUUUACACGCCCUUGGCGUUGCGCUUAUCGAAUAUGACGAGAUACCCUUCCUGGGAUCCAACAGGGCAAGCGAUAGAUCAACGCGCAACGAUACUACCAGGAGAGCGUUAG